AUGGUUCUAUGGAUAACUCAAAGUGCGAUUUUAAUUAAUUUAAUUUUAACAAUAAAUUCUCAAAGUUCCUUUCCUAACACAACAACAAGCACAAAACGUGUGUCAGCAGCGACGAUAAUUGGUGACUUUAAAAUAGGAUUUCUCGUUUCGGUUCGUCUCUACACUCCUGUAAAGAAACACACAAGAAAUUUGGAAUGUGGAAAGAUCCGCGAACAUUACGGAAUACAAAGAGUCGAAGUUAUUUUUCAGACGAUCGAUAAAAUUAAUCAGAAUCAAGAUCUGCUCAGAAAUAUCACGCUUGGUGUAGAAAUCCGUGAUACAUGUUGGUAUGCUCCGAUAGCUUUACAACAAACGAUUGAACUUAUCAGAGAAUCAAUAACUCCAUUUUCGGGAAAGAAGACGACAAAUGCUCAUAAAAUUGAGCAAUGUUCGAGAUCUUCGUUAGCUCAUGGCAUUCAUGAAGAUUCUCCAUUGAUAGGAAUUGCGGGACCAGCCUCAAGUUCAAUCGCCCUUCAAGUUCAAAACCUUCUUCAACUUUUCUCCAUUCCACAAAUCGGAUAUUCGACAACCUCUAAGGACUUGUCAGAUAAGAUGAGAUUCAACACGUUCAUGCGUGUUGUACCGUCUGACUACUACCAAGCCCAAGUUAUGAUCGAUAUUGUAAAGUUCAACAACUGGACGUACAUUUCCACUGUUCAUACCGAUGAAAAUUAUGGACAGUCAGGAAUUCAAGCAUUUCGUGAACUUGCAGAUCAAAAUGGAAUUUGCAUUGCUCGUGAAGAUUCUAUUUUAAGCAACGACGACGAAGAAAAGUAUAUCGAGUUGAUGGACAAUUUAGAGAAAGACGAUAACGCCAACGUAAUAGUUUGCUUUUGCGAAGGAAUGACAGUUCGAGGAAUUCUCAAAGCUAUCAAGCGACUUAAUCUCACUAAUCGUUUCCUUAUUAUUGGAAGUGAUGGAUGGGCUGACCGUCAAGAUGUUGUUGCUGAUUAUGAAGCACAAGCUGUUGGAUCGAUUUCUAUUCGAAUUCAUUCUCCUUACUUAAAGUCAUUUGACGAUUAUUACUUCUCAUUAGACCCUUUCGAGAAUCAUAGAAAUCCUUGGUUCAAAGAGUUUUGGGAAGAUAAAUUUCAAUGUAAAAUGCCACUUGAAAGAGUCACAACAACUACGACAAGAACGACUACAGAAUCUAGUUCAACAUCUUCAGACUUUUUCGAGACAUUAACAACAGAAGAUUUUGAUAACUACACAGAUUAUACGACAGUUUCACAAGAGCCAAUGACAACUCAAACUCCUUUUUGUACAGGUUAUGAAGACAACACGAAAAAUCACCGACAAGAACCAAAAUUAAGCUUUCUUGUUAAAGCAAUUUACACGAUGGCUUUUGGACUGCAAGCUUAUCAUGAUGAUGUGUGCGGCAAGGAUUUUAUUGGCGUUUGUCCAAAACUUGAGAAAUCGUUUAACCACACGAUAUUUUUUAAUUACCUGAUGAAUGUCUCAUUUGUAACUGAUGAAAGAGAUAACGUUGAUUUUAAUCAAGAUGGGGAUGUUCUCGCCCACUAUGAUAUUAUGAAUUUUCAACAUGUUAAUGGAUCAUUUGCAUAUGUUAAGAUUGGAGAUUGGCACAAUCAUACUUUGUACUUCUCAGACGAAUUAAAGACACCAAAUGGUACAUUAAAGUUCUUAUCGGUUUGUUCAAAACCAUGUUCUGCAGGAUACUACAAGGUAACUAAAUCCAAUCAAAUUUUAAGUAUAUUUCAGGAAACCGGAGAUGCGAUUCAAAGUUAUUGUUGUUGGAUGUGUGUCGCUUGUGAAAAUAAUCAAUAUCUGAAGAAUGAAACUUAUUGCGAAGAUUGUCCUUUGGGUUCAUGGCCAAAUAAACAACAAACAGUUUGUGUUAUAAAUCCAAUAGAAAUUAUGGAAUGGUCAAACAUUGAAUCGGUGAUUUCAACAGCGUUUUCCAUCUUAGGAACAACAUUGUCAGGCAUUGUGCUUAUAAUUUUUAUUCAUUAUAAUAAUACGCCAGUCGUGAAAGCAUCAACACGGGAACUUUGCUACAUUGUCUUAGUUGGAAUGAUUUUGUCACAUCUUUCAAUAUUUUUCAUUCUUGCACAUCCAACAGUCGAAAUGUGUGCACUCAGUCGGGUUUUGCCAGGAAUUUCAUUCUCAAUGAUUUAUGGAAGUUUACUGAUUAAAACAAAUCGAAUUGCGAGGCUUCUUGCGAUAUCCAAGAAAAGAUUUCCAUCGAAAAAUCUCAAAUUUAUGUCACCAUUAUCACAAGUUAUUCUAGCAGUUUUAUUAAUUUCCAUUGAAUGCUUCAUUGCUAUUGGAAUUCUUUAUAAAGAACCACCGGAAACUGAACUUCGUUACCCCCGUGAAAAUCAAAAUUUGCUUGUUUGUAAGGAAUCAACAGAAACAAUCAUUGUUCCACUUGCUUUCAUUUUCCUUCUAAUAUUUUUGUGUACUUGGUUCGCAUUUAAAACGCGAAAUGUUCCAGAGAAUUUCAAUGAAACGAAAUUCGUUGGAUUUGCAAUUUACACAACCUGCGUCAUCUGGAUUGCGUUCUUUCCAAUUUAUUAUGGAUCAGAAAUGCAAAUAAUAACAAAAUGUUUGUGUAUUUCCCUUUCAUCAAUCAUGACGUUGACGUUCAUGUUCCUUCCAAAAAUUUAUAUAAUUCUUCUUCAUCCUGAGAAGAACAUCCGAGCAUUAUUCACAACUUCAAAAUCUAUUCGAUGUCAUAUUGGCGCAACACGACACACAAAUCUUUCACAUAAAACAUCAAGUUCAAUAUCGGAAUACGGUGCACCAACCAGUGAAUUUGAGCCAACAUUUCAACGAUCUUUUAAGAAAUCUUCUUCGUCUCAAACAUCAACUGAAAAGCUUAACGUUGAGCGCAAUGACAAGUCAUGUUCGCCCAUCACCGAUGAAGUUUUCGAAUGCUUCUUAACAGAGAAAAGUGAUACACUUUUGAAUUCAUCUCCUCAAGAUCCAUAUUACGUUGUAGCAAAGAACUCUGAGUAUAUGAGAGUUCCAACGUCUCCAAAUCACGGUAAAUUGAAAAACAAUAAAAUCUACAUGAAAGAGAAAUAUUUAAAUGGAAACUUAUAUAUUCAUCCAUCGAUGAAUCCCACCAGGAAGCUGCACCAUCAUAAACCAAAGCGUCGUGUUGAAAGUCCUAAACCUGUUUUAUGUGUAGAGUGCUUAGAAAUGGAGAAAAGAAAUGUGAAAAUUUUACCGAAUGUCAUAAACAAACAAAUUGUUACAAUAAAAAAGAAAUCUCCAAUUUUUACAGUCGAAAGAAUUCCAUUUGAAUCUAAUGAAACUUCACAUACAACAGACGAUCAGAGAAGAAUCGCUAUAAGCGAAGAAAGUUUGUCAGAAUGUUCGAUUAGCGACACUGCUUGUGAGCUUAAACGAAUAACAAUUAAAUUAAAAUAA